CGGCUGCUGAACAAAGACAGACAGGAAGCGGGACUGCUAGUUGAAUAAAAAUUGAAAGAGAAGAAAUAUUCUUUAAAUAUUUACAGUUUAGAUAACUUAGUGCAGUUAUUUUACUUCAAAGUUUUAUAUUUAUAUUUUUUAUUGAAGAGGGCUAUUUGUGUGAAAAAAAAGAGAAAAUGACGAGUCUGCUGUGCAUCACAAUAAUCUCCCUGACCCUGGUUGGCUGUACAUACAGUCAGGUGACGCUCCCUCCCUUUCAAGUGAAGGUUAUUGCUGGCUUAGGUGCCAACGUCACCCUGCCCUGCGGGCUCCUGUCCAAAGACUCCUUAUCCUUUGGUAACACUGGUAUUCGAGUCAAAUGGACCAAGGUAGCAGAUGAUGAGGCACUGAAUGAGGAUGUGCUGCUUUCAAUGGGAUUCCACAAGAAGACCUAUGGCAGCUUUGAGGACCGUGUCUUUUUGGAGGAGAAAGACAGUGAAGAUGCCUCCAUAAUAAUUACUGACAUUGCCAUGGAUGACACAGGAAGGUACCGCUGUGAGAUCAUCAACGGGAUGGAGGACACAGUGCAAGAGAUAUUCUUGGAGGUGCAAGGUGGUCUCAUUGAUGGCGUUGUGUUCCCAUACUCACCCAGUGAGGGCCGCUACAACCUGAACUUCGACGAAGCUGUGCAGGCCUGUGAGGAGCAGGAUGCUGUGGUCGCCUCCUAUGAUCAGCUGUUCGAGGCCUGGAAGGACGGUCUGGACUGGUGCAAUGCUGGCUGGCUGAGUGAUGCCACAGUGAAGUAUCCAAUCACCAGACCCAGGGCGCCUUGCGGUGGCACCGUUGAUGGGCCUGGCGUCAGAAACUAUGGUUAUCAAGACAAACAGAGCCGUUAUGAUGUGUUUUGCUACACCUCUGCAAUCAAGGGACGUUUCUACUGGCUGGUCCAGCCCGACAGGCUGUCUUUUGACGAGGCCGUGCAGGCAUGCUUAGAUGACGGUGCAGAGAUCGCCAAGGUGGGCCACAUAUAUGCCGCCUGGAAGAUCGAGGGCUACGAUCGCUGUGAUGCUGGCUGGUUGGCUGAUGGAAGUGUCCGCUACCCCAUCUCCAGGCCCCGCAAGAACUGCAGCCCCACAGAAGCUGCAGUGCGGUUUGUUGGAUUCCCAGACAAGAUGCUAAAGGUUUACGGCGUCUACUGCUUCAAGGCAGAGCAGUGAGAGGGUAGAUAGGAGUAGGGAAGCCAUAACCACCAAAGAGCUGCAACAACCACAACAAAUAAAAUCAACAAUAAAGCAGAUAAGCUUUGGAUUUUAACUAGCAUGAACUCAAUAUUGGAAGCUGUGAUAACCCUUUUUAACUCCUAAAAAAACACAAUACUGUACAUCUUACAUCCAUAUGCAAUGAAUGGCAAAAUAUUUUGUAGUCAUUAAAUUUUGUUUUACUCUAACUGUGGAUUCAUUAAUUUUACACAGACUGUUGGGGCAAGGGCAACAGUGUUAAUGUAUGAGUGAUGUGACAGAGACAAAAACUUAAUGGUCGUGAAACAUCAUUCAAGUUUGGUUUGUCCUCCACAGAAUGAUUAGAUGUGUGAAGUUCAAGAUUUCGAGCAUUUCUGCUCAAUUGCAGAUGACAUUUGCUGCUUUAAAAAUGUGUUGAAAGAACAAAAACCAUGUGAUAGUUCAUUUUAUUUUAUCAAGUACCACGUCAAUGAAAGACCCUAGUUUGAUGACAGUCACGAACAUGACAUGGCUACCACUGUUGAGCUAUUGAUAUCAACAUGUUAUAUUGCAGUAAGUAAGUAACUGGAACCCUCUGUCAAGUUUUUUUUCUCUUUUCUUCUCUCUUUUUCCACCUAUUCAACUGCAGAUCUGAGGAGCUUUGAUCAAAUUUACUGUUUAACAAGAAAAUGAAUGUAAAUUUCUCGGACUGUGAGCUAUUCUGCAUUAAUUGAUAUUUCCCAUUAGAUCAACUCCCAGCUACAAUUUGAAAGGCAGUUUUACAUUUUUUGCAACCUUUUGCGAUAAGUUUGUUUUAACAAAAUGUUUUUUUCUUUG